UUGUCUGCCUGUGUCCUUAGACCAACACGGCUACAACCUCCACCCCUGAAUGUUUUGUGGCUUUGACCAGGCUCGGAGUUACCAGCUUGACCCCUUGUGUUUAUCUUGGCCCAAAUAUUACUGCCUGGAAGAGCAGGCUGAAGAGACGGUACGGGAGGGAAGGGGUUAUAGGAAGUCAUUUGCAAACUAUAAUAUAAGUGUUACAAAUAGAAGAUGGAUUUAUACUGCUGGGGGUCUGCUUAAAAGGGGAGUAACCACCCCACCAGUCAGGGUUGGAAGAAGGUUAUUCCAGUCGGUCAAACUUGUUCCAAUGGAAUAAAAAGGCUGAGCUUUGGAAAGCCACAUUUCACCUCUUUCUGGGAAUUGAAUCAUAGCGGGGAAGACGGGGCCUUGGAACUCGCUACGAACCAUCCAGGUGACUUCUACUUGCCAAGAAGACCCAAUCUAGGUCCCUCUCACUGGGAACCCCACUCCCGGCAGAUCACAGGAUGCUUCUUUCCCUCACUUUAUUAAUGAACGGAUGGGCAAGAAGUGCAGGAUCAAGGGUCUAAUUCCUACGGGGCUGCCCUUGCUGGAACUGGCCUCAGAAAGAGCAGGCGUUGCGGUCCCUCAAGUGUCUUUGAGGAGGUUCUAAUGCAAGAGAUUAUGGAGAGUUUGGGGCACCUGGCUUGGCACCGAGGUGAGGACUGAGACAAGGAAAUAACCUCUGACCUUUGUGUUUUGCUUCUUGGGUGUCCUGCUUCCUCCCAAUCAGCUCUUCACGUCAGAAGUCGAGGGCACCAGGCUGCAAUAGCCCUCAUUUUCUAGGAUUCUAUGAAAAAAGGAGAGAGGGUCGUUAACACCUGUAGGAUGAAGCAUUUAGAAGGGAUCAGGCAGAUGACGCCGAGCCCCGAAUCAACUGACGUCCCUUAGCCUGCCGCUACCACCAGGCAAAUGGUUUUAAAGUUUGGCUGGACUGGAAAUCAAGGGCGCACCCCUGGAUCCGCCCUGGUGAGAGCAGAGCACCCAGUGCACAGGGUGGAAUAAGCUCCCUUGCGCUGACUGUGCUGCGAGCGGGAAGGAGGUACCACAGGCAAUUCCCCAGCCUUGCCCCUGACUUCUGCCAGUAACACAGCUCUGCCCGCCAUCCGGCGGUAGGGGUUGAGGAUGUUAUUGUUCCUGACACAUCUCAGAGCCAGGCAGGCCGCCCCGCUGAGAUCCGCCCAGACAGGUUGGGUGGCCUAUCUAAUGAGCCGGGAGCGCUCGGCGAGUGGUGCUCUACGGUGAUCUUUCCAUGCAACAGCCUCUUCCUUUGGAAGAAGGACCAGACACGGACCCUCGCUGGUGCCAGCAGAUAUAGAGCUGGUUGCUUGGUGCCCUUCAGCCCUUUCGUGCCACAGAGCUAACCCGUGCGAUGGUCUCCCCUGCCCGAGAAACCCAGUCCAUCGAGGAUGUCUACAGCCAGUCCUUAGCCAAAGCCCUGUACCACGUUCCCACUCCUGCCAUCGUUGGGUUUUAUGCGCCGUGGGGAUAUGGGAUUUCCCAGAAGAUCACGAUUUUGCGCAACAUUUUGCAGGAGAAGUCAAGGAAGAAAGAUGAGCGGGACUUCCAGCGGACGGGGCAAAGGCAGCGGGGGAAUUCCAGCUGGGACCUGCUCAGCGUCCUCCUGCACAUGAUCCUCUACCGCCCGGUCCUGACGGAGCAGCAUAAGGAAAGGAGGAACAUCCAGCACGUCUUCAUCCACUUCAGCGCCUGGGAGUAUGUGGGCAGUGACAACCUCUGGGCAGGCCUCAUCACUGCCCUGUGUGAUGGCAUCCAAAAACACUUUGGUCUCCUGCCCAUCAGUGUUUACCGGGUUAUGGGCCAGAAAUGUAGCCUCAGUGAUGGCUGUGGGGAUAAAAAAUGGAUUUGUAAGAGAUAUCUUUGCCUCCCAGUGUGGGCUGUUGGGAGUGUCUUGGCCAUCGUAGUAGUAGCAGUGGGAUUUCUUUUCUUUGUGCUUGGGACUCCUGUUGGUGACACGUGGGAAGAUAUGAUGAAAGCAAUUCUGGAGAGCAUUGGGAUAGCAGUGCUUGGCAUCUCUACAUUAGCUGUUGUGAAGCCAGUCUUCCUGGUGAUACGAAAUAUCAUCAAUACCCAGAAGGCCAAGCUGGAAAAACUGAUGAACCGGACAGAUCUCAGCUCCCAGUUGGGCUUCAUGAGCUGCGUCAAGAGGGAAGUCAAGGUCAUCACGGAGUUCCUGAAGUUCAUGGAGAUCUUCCAGCGGCGGAAGAUCCGGGUGGUGCUGGAGAUCACCAACCUGGACCGGUGCAGCCCCAGCAAGGUGGUGGGCAUUCUGGAUGCCCUGAACAUCCUCCUGGCAGAUGACACAGCCCCGUUCAUCUCCAUCCUGGCCGUGGACCCUAGCAUCAUCAUUGACUGUGUGGGGAGCUCAGGUGGCAUGGCCAAGAAUGGGUACAAGUUCUUGAACCACAUGGUCACCCUGCCUUUUUCGGUGCCCAAGAUGGAUGACGACACCAAGAAGCACCUUAUCCGGAGCAUUAUUGGAAGCCAACAGGAACAAGAGGGGGACUUGCAGGGGGUGGGCAUCAGGCCAAUGGACAAGAAAGAAGCCAACUUACCACUGACACCUCGUGACUCUUUGGCCAGCCGUAGCAUAGGGAGCCUAAGCCCAGAUGAAAGCCAAGUGCCUCUUGUUACCGUAAGUGAUGGCCCCUGGGAGCCCUCCAACAGCUGUGCUAGGAAAGCCACCAAAACCCUUAUCCAAGAAGCCUUACAUUCCCUCCUGGAGGACUCCAUGAAGAAAUACAUGACGGACAACUUCGUACAGAUGCAGAGGAUUGUGAACACCAUCAGCAUCACUGUCAGGCUCAUGGUGACGAAAGUCUCCAGGGACAAGGUCUUCCCACAGAUGGUGGCAGCGUGGGUGCUCCUGGCCAACCAGUGGCCGUGUCGCCUGAGCUGGAUCUUGCAGUGCCUUGAAGAUGAGGAGCAGAGAAACAGCCUGGAUGGUUGCCAGGAAAAUCUGCUCCCUCCUGACAUGCCGCUGUGGGAGGUUUACGAGAAGUACAUGGAGGAGUUUGACUUGAUAAAGGGCCCGAUGGAAAAGAUGCUGGAGCUGGACAGUGACCCUGACCUCUUCUACAACUUCAUCCAUGACUGGUUCCGAGUGGAAGAUGCCAACUUCUACUUGCCCUUCACCGUCAACCUCGACUCAUCCCUGAAAAGGCAGAUGGAGCUGCAACGUGGCAGCCGCAGCCUGAAGUGGACAAAGAAAGCCCGUAGCCUCUCCAAGGGCAUCUUGUUGGCCAUGUCUGUUGAUGACAUCUGCAAAGAGAUGGCCACACUUGGCUUUAAAGAAGACAACCUCCAGAUAUAUGUGGAGAGAGUGAGGAAGCAUGACCUCAGUGGCCGGGCUCUGAUCUACAGCAACAACAGUGAAAUCAAAGAAGUCCUUGGCAUGAGCCUCGGGGAAUGGACUCACUUCAGCAUACGUUUCUUUGGGGUUCUCCCCCAGCCCGGUUCAUCCAACACGGCCGAGUCCUCGGUUCUGUCGCACGUCCGGCCAAAGGGCCUUGAAAACGAAGACAUGUCAGGGCGUCUGCCCCUUGACACCGUCAACAAAAGCCAGCCGCUCCUUCAAGAGCACCUUGUUGGGCAUGAGGGCAGAUGACAUCUCCAGGGAGCUGAAGGAGAUUUCGGGAGAAAUUAGGGAAGGAAACACAGCAGAGUACCAAGAGGACCAUAAAGACGCAUCAUUUGGGUGCGCUCAUGGAGCCGACUCGGCUGUCACCUGGAUUGGCAAACUCAGAAGGCCCAGCCUCUUCAUCUCAGCUAAUCUCUCCACUCCGCACGUGUUAACGACCCUCUCUGCUUUUUAAUGGUCUUGAUGUUCCACUAUUCAAGCUACCCUUUCUUCUGCAGUGUUGUUAUUUAUCCAUUAGCCGUUUCUGGGAAUGUCUCCUAUUUCAAAGCCCCUCGGACUUUUUAAUUCUAGCCCAUUCCCUUAACUCAAGUGUGAUAACUUUAACUCAGGGGAACACUAGCUCCAGCGUGGGAAGGAGUGACAGCGAAGUGUUGGAUGCACAGUCAAGAUGCUCAAGAAGACUAGAUUUUGUUUUAAAAAUCUGAACAAGAGACAUGUAUUUAAUUAUCAUGAGUAGGGACGUACUUAAUUUGUGGUUAUACGGAGUUCAGAGAAACUGCAAAAUCCGUGACUGUCCACAAAAUCCAGAAAAAAACCCUUAAUUUUUAACUUACUGUUUUACAAACUUGAAUAAGAGACAUAUCAUUAAUUAUAAUGACCACAAGAUGCACGAGACCCUAUGUUUUUUAAACUUAAUAUAUAAGUUAGCUAAUUAGUAUGCAUUCCAAUAGUUAUGUUUGCUUUUGAUUUGAUCUUAAAUGGAAUAACAUACUGCUGGGUCCCCUGGCAUGUCAUAUUAAUGGCUGUUAGCCAUUCUGGGUAACAUCUCCCUUCUGGUGUUUUCUAGCUCUAGCUACAAACCUUGAAUCAGGUGUGGUCACAUUUAACUCAGGCGUAGAAAUGACUGACAGUGAAGUACUGGAAGUACUGUCAAGACGCUCAAGAAAGCGAGAUUUUGUUUUAUGAACCAGAAGAAGAGAUGUACAUUUAACUAUAAUGACUCCAGGACUAA